AUGAAGCUUCUGCAAUUGGUAUUCCUGUUAGCUUUAACAACAGGAAUCUCCGCUGUUCUCAUCUACAUUAUCGGCGUCUCAAAUCUCUACGAAUCCAAUGGGCUUAGCAAUGAAGAUCUAAAAGCGUUGCAGUCUCUGCAGAGCGGAUUCCAGAAGUGCGUAAGUGCAAAUGGAUUGGGACUAGAAGCUGUUACCGGUAGAGAUUAUUGUAAAGUAUUAAUUAACUUCCCCAAAGAUACUAUUCCCAAAUGGAAAGAUCCAAAGUCUGGAGAGCUUGAAGGACUAUCAUAUGAGUUUGACUUGUGUGAAGCAGUAGCUACAUGGGAACAAGUUAGGAAUAGCUCUACGAUACUCACCAAUGAAUAUAUUGAUGCCUUGCCAAAUGGAUGGGAGGAUUAUGCGUGGCGCAGAAUUAAUAAAGGAAUACAACUUAAUCGUUGUCAGAAUAAAUCUUUAUGCAUCGAGAAGCUUUCGUUAGUGCUUCCUGAAACGCCACCGUAUUUUCCCCGGCAGUUUGGGCGAUGUGCUGUUAUUGGUAACUCUGGUGAUCUUUUGAAAACAAAGUUCGGAAAGGAGAUAGAUACUUACGAUGUGGUUCUUAGAGAAAAUGGGGCUCCAAUUCAGAACUACAAGGAAUAUGUGGGAGAAAAAAGUACAUUCCGUCUUCUUAAUCGAGGGUCAGCAAAAGCCCUUGACAAAGUCGUGGAGUUGGAUGAAAAAAAGCAAGAGGUAUUGCUGGUAAAAACAACAAUCCAUGAUAUUAUGAACAAGAUGAUUCGGGAAGUGCCAAUAAAAAAUCCUGUAUACUUAAUGCUUGGUGCUUCAUUUGGCUCGGCCGCCAAAGGAACCGGGCUCAAGGCUCUUGAAUUUGCUCUCUCGACUUGUGAUUCAGUGGAUAUGUACGGUUUCACUGUUGAUCCCGGUUAUAAAGAGUGGACUAGAUAUUUUUCAGAAUCGCGACAAGGGCAUACUCCUUUGCAUGGUAGAGCUUACUACCAGAUGAUGGAAUGCUUGGGUCUCAUUAAAAUACACUCUCCCAUGAGAGCUGAUCCAAACCGGGUCGUGAAAUGGGUGCCAAGCCGCAAUACAAUUAGGUCUGCAAGAAUUGCAGCAGAGAAGCUCUUAAGGAGAGUUGGAGCAGGAUCUGCAGACCCAUUAGCUUCAUGCUCGAUAGUAAAGAAGAGAAGCAAAAACGAGCGUCCUUUGGUUUCACACCUGAGAAAACCCGUGAGAGACCAUCAAAAAUAUGUGAGAAGCACGACAAUGUACCCGUUGGAGCACAGUCCAGGACAUAGUCAGCUUUGCAUUACACCAGCUGACUAAAGAAACUACUUAUAUACAAAUCGAUUUUUAUCCACAAACUGAAGCACGAAACAGGUUCAGUGGAAAAACGAAAUAUUCAAAAGCAAAUCCAUCAUAUGAAGGUGUUCAAGAACAAUCGAGAUGAGAGUUUUCCGUGUAAUCUCUUCAGGUUAGGAUUGAUUCUUUUGUUAUCCUGUUUUCUGCAACUUUCUUUACGAGAGUUAUAUAGGUAAAUGUGAAAUAGAACUGCCUUUGUUCCAUGACUAAUUUUAGCACAUAAUCAAGUUUAAAAUUAUACUCUCA